CGUCCACUCGUUCCCACGCGGUAUUGGGGCAACAACCUCGACAAGCUCCUCCCGCAAAACAUCAAAUCCGAUUGAAAUAUUCGAUACAUCUUCCCCUACGAUACCUCCGACUCGGCUGACGACUUUCCCAACGCUCCCUUGCCGGAGAAUCCGGUCAGGACAGGCUUCACCCGCCAGCUGCUUCACAGGAAAGGUCGAAUGACGACAAGAGCGUGACCCAGAAGGAGAGGGACCAAUAAAAUAUCAAGAAAAGAAAAAAUAGAAUCGAAGAGAGAAAGUGGAAGGGAGCACAUGUCGACGAAAGUUUAUCUCUUGUGGAUCUGAUCUGGCCUGAUUUGACAGCGUUCGCUCUUGGUGAAUCCAGUACUGCCGACAACAACAAGACAACAAGCACAAUCACACAACGCAAGAGGCAUCCAGGGAAUUUGUCCUGCUGUUGCUGCUGGUCCCGACCUGCUCCAGGUGCCUGGGUCGGUAGCAAGUCUCAGGAGCGCGCGCAUGCCUCGUGCUUCCUUCUCGAAGCGACAGCAAGGCGCCGUGAACCAGCGUGAUACUCGGCACGAAAAUGGCCUGGUAGGCCCUGCAAAGCGAGUUCCCCCCAAGAAGAGCCUGCCUCAGCUUGAUGGGCUCGCUCGGUCUGCGGCGUCAGACAACAAUGUUUCCGGCCCUGUACCCCCGCCUUCCCAACCCACUGCAAUCUUCCACGAGAACGGGGCUGCGGUUGCGAAUACCAACGGUCACAUCAGCGGACCCCUCAACGGAUACGCAAGCGACCGCGCCAACGGUCACGUCAACGGUCACGUCAACGGUCACGUCAACGGUCACGUCAACGGUCACAUCGAUAUUAACGGCAAACAUCAUUUCGAAAUGGCUGCCGACCCGAGGUCUGGUGACGCCGCUCCAAGGAGGAGCUCCCUAAGCGCCUACUCCGAAUCCUCCUCUUCUGAUUCCAUGGCCUCGCAGCAGGCCGGCAGUGGCUCCGGUGCCGAGACGCUACAUCGCCAGAUCGACGUCAAUGCCACGAAGAACGCCGACGUGCACCGUGAUCCCGGCGGUCCUUUCGAGUUCGCCGCCACCGUGCUACGCGCCCUGCCCCUGUACGACACCCUCGCCAUCCUCAUCCUCCUCAUGCAGGUGCCCACUGUGGCCCUGUCCGGCAUCUACAUGGCCUUCACCUUCCUCACCUUCGUACCACCUGUUACCACCAGCUCGGGUAUGAACAUCAAUUUCGCCGAGAUUUUCGACUACAAUUCGACCAUGCCCUCCCUCGUCACCAUCCUCUGCAUGGAUGUCUUCAUCAUGCUCGUCUGGCUCUUCCUGUGGCCGCCUAUCCAGGUCGCCAUUCUCGAUCUAGCCAAGCCCGUCAUCGCCGUUACUCUCGGCGGCGGGUCGAGUUCGAGGGAAGGCACCUCGAGGAGCGUCACCACGUGUUUCUUGCUGGUCAUAGCGUCGCACUUGUUCCGCGGAUCUAGGUUACAUUGGUCUCGGGCGACACGCCUGCUGCCCCCGAACUGGCGGCUGUCCGCCGGUGCCGACGAUGCGCUUGAAGUGAUGACGCCCGAAUUCGAUAAGCGAGGACCCCACAGUUGGAUCAAGAGCGUGUUGGCUAUUCAUAUACUCACACAGGGCAUCGUGCGGUAUAUACGGGAGUGGUAUCUAAGGAGGGAGAAGGGAAGCGGCCCGUUACACGGUCAGCCGGACCCCGAAGCAGCCAAGCCUGCGGAUUUGGCAACCGAGACCAGUUUCAAUGCGACGGACACCGAGGCCGCGGCACAGCAACACGCCACCAGUUCGACCAAGAAGAGAAGGAAACAGAGCACCCAGGUGCGGCUGCAGCAGCCCCUAUGGGCUGCUUUGGCGAGCACGAAGAUCGUGAUGGUUAAAGAGUACGAACUGUCCCAUGCGGCAGCCGAGUCGGCUGGGUCGAACGCCACCGACAUCCAUAACUUGGGGAAUGCGCCGUUUGAUUCCGAGGCCGAGCAGAUAUGGAUUUCAUACAUUGGGUAUGACGAAGUAUGUUUCAACACCAGCCGUUUCGCAGACAAUCUUGCCAUGCCCGCCGCACAGAUGGGCCACGCAGACCGGCCGGCCGGAGUGGAUACGUCCAAGCCUUUCUACGUCCGAAUCAACAACGCCUUCUGGCAACCGACGCGCAUCUUCCGAAUUCCGAACGAGGAAGGAGAGCAGGCGGCACAGCCCCCCGGCUGUCGAUGGUGCGGAGACAUCUACGGGCUCCGACCGCUGUCCAAGUACGUCUGCGAGUUCGUCGACACGCAUACCGACCGAGUCAUCUUCUCCACCAGCAUCCGCACGACGCAGGCGCCGACAAAAGAUCAGGAGGGCCUGCCGAGCCCCGCGGUCAGUGGGCAGCAGCUCCUCCGGCCGGAUUCGCCUGCGACGACGUUGAAGAGUACGAUCAGCGCGCAGAGCGAGAAGCUGGCGGAUGAGAAGACGAAGCUCAAGAACUUGCGUAAAGAAUGGAAGGGCAAGAUCACCGCGCUCAAGAAGGAGAACGAGAAGCUGGACAACGCGAUCCAGUCGGCGGGAAGCAACGACGACAAGCUCAGGCAGAAGAUCAUCCAACAGGAAACGCAGCGGGCGCAGGCGGACAAGGAGAUCGCGCAGCUCGACGAAGCGCUCAACGCUUUCGACGCCACGCCGGAGGGCCUGCAGGAACGGAAAAAGCAGGCGGAGAAGCUGUGGUCGGAAGAAAAAGCGGUGUUCGACAAGGCGUCCAAGCGGUUCAAGGAGUUCAAGACACGGUUGGCGGCGGAAAUCAAGGGCAAACAGGACGAACAAAGCAUCCUGCAGACGAAACGCAAUAAGAUCGCGGCGCGCAUUGCCAAGGUGGACAACGAAAUUGCACGAAUCACGGACGCCAACAACCGCGGACUGGACGAGGCGGAGCGACGGAGGCAGGGCCGAGCGGCGUGGGAGGCAGAAACCAAGACGAUCGAGAAGAACUUCAAGGAGAGCAUCAGCACCAUCCAGGCCGGUAAUGCAGCCAAGCAGGUGCAGGUUAACAAUCUCCUCAGUCAGCUGCAGUCCUACCACGAGCAGAUGAGCUUCAAUAACAACAGCGGUUUCUCGCUGGACGCGACGUCGGCGGGCCCUCAGCAGCAGCCACAGCCACAGCCACAGCCCACGGCCUUCACCUCGGCUUCGGCUUCGGCUUCGGCGAGCAGCGCGUGGAACCCCAACCCCGCGGCCGCUCCGCACUAUCCCGCGUCCAUGUGGCAGGCCCCGACCGUGAUUAACAACACCACUGGUGGCGGCGCACCGUCGUCGUCGUCGUCAUUGCUGCCAGCGGCACCAAUAGCGGGGGGUCCCAGUUGGGCGCACCCACUCCCGUCCAUCAAGACGCGAGGCCGGUCCAGCAGCAUGCUUAGCGACGUGUCUGGAUUCACGCAGUCAAGCGGCGGGGACGAGGAGUACCUGUCGGUGACCAACACGCCCGCACAACAGCAGAGCGCCGGCCAUCCAGCGCCCUCGGUCGGGCCGACAUGGAGACCGCACGGCCACGGACGCAGUGCUGGAUCCGGACUCGGCUCGGGCUCGGGCAGCAGCGUGGGCAGCGGGGGCGGAAGUGGCAGUGUUCGCGAUCCCACGAGCCCGAUUUGACGCAUUGAUCAUGGCCGGCUGCUGCCGGUGGUGCGGCUCGGCAAUGAUGACGCAGAUUGGGCUAGCCCGUGGGGUUCUUGGAUGCAAACUCGCGCUGUUGGGGUAGUUUUGGGUUGUGGCUGGUCGAUCACUGGGUUUCGUUUUCCUCGUUGGCUUCUCCUUGACUCGUCUGUCCUGGCAACAUUGGGAGAAAAGUUGGGACCUUUGGUCCCCUCUGCGCUCUCUUGCAGCCUCGUCCCGGUUUUGGAGGGAACUCCCGAUGUUGAAUAGGCCUAAGCGAUUAAAGAUACUAGGUAGUGUUAUGCCGUCGUCGUCGUCGUCAUCGUCGGCGGGUCUAGUUGCGAAAUAGCUGAUGCGUUGCUCCA